UGGAGGAGCAGGUUCUGCUGACAAGGGUUUGUGCAGCGCCUUGGAAAUCUGGGACAAAUCGCUCCUUUCUGUUGCCAUUGUUUGGAAGUGAAAGUCAGCGCCGCUGUUUAAGUUUCGGCGACAGGAGCUUGCAGCAUCUGGAAGAGUCUCCGCAGCUCUGCAGGCAGCCUGCCCCAGAGGAAGCUGCCGAGAGCGGGGAUCCGAUGGUUCACUUUUAACCACAUCCGUGCCUCAGCUAGAAAUAUUUACAGGCGUUUGUCACCGUUUCCCUCCAUUUUGAAAAGAAUCCCCUGGCAGCCGGAGCUGGGAAAACUGCUCUCAUGGCGUUUAGCCCCUGGCAGAUCCUCUCCCCAGUCCAGUGGGCCAAGUGGACGUGGUCUGCUGUGCGAGGGGGGGGUGCUGGAGACGGUGAGGAUGGUGGGGUAGAGCGAGAGAUAGAGGAGGACGACUCGCAGGCAGAGACCAAAUCAUUGAGUUUCAGCUCGGAUUCCGAAGGCAAUUUUGAGACCCCUGAAGCAGAAACCCCAAUCCGGUCACCUGUAAAGGAGAUCUGUGACCCAUCACUGGGAUUGGAUGCAGCCGAGGCCAGGACCCAAGAAUUACGUGAAGAUGAUGAACAGCUGGUAGCUGAAAUUUCAGAGACAUAUGUACCCCAGAAGCACUCCGAGGAUGAAGUGCAAUCGCCUCUUGGAGUUCUUCAAGCCGACAAGAAUUCUAAAGCAGAAACUGACUGCAAACUUGAUGAAGAUUCAUCAGUGACACAAGUUGCACCAGAAACGGAGCCGCCUUUGGAUAUUUCUUCCGCACUCACAAAAGAAACCGAUUCUCCAUCUUCAGUAGUGUCGGCUCCAGACCAGACUUUACCAUCCAAUGUACCCACAGCUACCCAAGAGUGGGUGAUGUCAGAAGAAGACAUGGUGGUCACUCUUGAAGGGUUGGCUGAUGCUGAGCCAAAGGCUGAAACCUUUGCCCUGGAGUCAGUGCCAAGCAAGAGCAAGCUCAAGAAAGUGAAACCAUCUUCUCUUAGGAAGAAAACAGCUGGAGAGACCCCAGAAACGAAAGCAGCCACGGAGGGCAUCCCUGUCCCCAAAGCAUCUUACCAGUUCAAUCCGGCUGAGUCUGAUGAGAAAAUAAACCCCUUUGUGAUGGGAGGUUCCAAAAUACAGAACUCUCCUUCUGCAGCUCAGCAAACCUUCAUGGCUUCAAACAGCGACACCAAUGAUUCCGGGGUGGAGUUGGCUGAGGAGUCCCGGAGCCAUGCUCUGAAGCUGGAAUUUGAUUUUACGGAUGGGGUGGAGAAUGGAGAGGUCAAGAAAGCCUUGCCAAAGAAAAUUGGCAGGAAACCUGCCAGCAAACUAACUCCUAAACGACAAAGAGAAGCUGCUAAUAAACCUAUGAGUGCUGAUGGCCUGGAAAAGGCUCCAGCAGAGGUGCCUCUCCCCAAAGUCUUGUACCCGGUGGAUCCCAGUCAGUGGGACGACCCUAACUUCAACCCUUUUGGCAGCAGCUCGAACUUGCAGAACUCCCCACCCCUCCCAAAGGCUUCCUAUCAUUUUGACCCCAACAACUUUGACACAGUGGAUCCUUUUAAACCCACCAAGAGCUUAGCCAGCACAGCUGCUGACUCCUGCCCCACAGCUGAUAACAAUCUCAAUGAAAUUCUGGAGUCUCAGACCCUGGAGGUUCAGGGCGAGGAGCUGACGAUAGGCAAAGCCUCUCCGAAGAAGGCCAAGUCGCGCUUGAUAACGACUACUGAACAAGUGAAAUUUCUCUGUUUUCUGUUGAGUGGCUGCAAGGUGAAGAAAUAUGAGAUGCAAUCCCUGGUCCUGGAUGUUUGCACUCAGGAUGAAGGAGCAUUGAUCUCAAAAAUCCCAGAUGUUGCAAACUGUGAUGGCCACGCUACUGAUGAAGAGAAGCUGGCGUCUACAUCCUCCAGUCAGAAACCAUCCGGGCCAGAGGUGAAAGGUGAGCCAGAAGACGACCUGGAGUACUUUGAAUGUUCCAAUGUUCCCGUGUCUACCAUAAAUCAUGCGUUUUCAUCCUCAGAAGCAGGGUUCGAAAAAGAGACAUCCAAACAGAAGGAGAAGGACGGGCCCAGCGGCACCCUGAUUCAAUCACCGCAGGGCGAUUCUGGACUGUGCUCAAAGGACAAAGCCCCUGGGGCCAUGACGACCGGAGCGAGUGGAAGUGAAAGUCCUCUGGAAAGCAUUUGCCUCAGUGAAUCUGACAAAACAGCCGUGCUCACUUUAAUAAGAGAAGAGAUAAUCACUAAGGAGAUCGAAGCAAAUGAAUGGAAGAAAAAAUAUGAAGAGAGCCGACAAGAAGUCUUGGAAAUGAGGAAAAUCGUGGCUGAAUAUGAAAAGACCAUUGCCCAGAUGAUAGAAGAUGAACAGAGGACAAACAUGGCCUCCCAGAAGAGUCUGCAGCAGCUCACAAUGGAAAAGGAACAGGCCCUGGCAGACCUGAACUCUGUAGAAAGGUCCCUGUCGGAUCUGUUUCGGAGAUACGAGAACCUGAAGGGCAUUCUGGAAGGGUUUAAGAAGAAUGAAGAAGCUUUGAAAAAAUGUGCUCAGGAUUACUUAGCCCGGGUCAAACAGGAAGAGCAGCGGUAUCAAGCCCUGAAAAUCCAUGCAGAAGAAAAAUUAGACAAAGCCAAUGAAGAAAUUGCACAGGUACGCACAAAAGCAAAAGCUGAGAGUGCAGCUCUCCAUGCUGGGCUGCGCAAAGAGCAGAUGAAGGUGGAAUCACUGGAGAGAGCCCUCCAACAGAAGAACCAAGAAAUUGAAGAGUUGACCAAGAUCUGUGACGAGCUGAUUGCAAAGAUGGGAAAGACUGACUGAGCCUCGCCACCCUUUGUCCAACACUCUGCACUUGGCUGCUUUUUUUGUAACGUUGCGCACCUUGCCUUAGUCUCCAGGAAUAAUCUCCCCUGAGCAGAGAAAAGCACAUGCGCACAGCUGCCUGCCCCACUUGACUGCAGGAUCCCAUCACCCCAGAGGCAAAGCUGGCGUCCCAAAGGGUUCUAGUCUGAUCGUUUCAGAGGGUUUGCAGCCCCAGGUUUUUAGGGCUUCGCUCAGUUUCUCCCUAAUCCGGCAGGACUUGUGCAUUUCUUUUGGUGUCAUCAGCAGCCACAUGCCCACCCCUACAGACAGCACCUCAGUCAGGCCUGCGGACACUUUCUGGGGUCCCUUCCUGGCAGCUAGAGAGCUGGUUUGAGUUGUACCCAUAUGAGAGCUGGGAUUUUUAUUGGUUACAUCUAUUGAGCACCUAACCAGUUGGCAUUUUCCGCCUAAAAACAAUGGGGAGGUCCCAGCUGUGAGGCUAAGCCCACACCCAGGUGCCGAGAGCUGACAGUGCAAUACUGGUACCUUGAGAAAGGAAGGCACUGUGGGGUCUCAGUAGAAGUGUCUGGGAUAGGGAGGUAAUGAUGUUAAAAUCAGGGGCAUCUGACAGGAAACACCCCGCACACACACACUCACACACACACACGGUGUCCACAGCAUGCGAUUUUGAUUAACUGGUUAAUCCUACAGCUGAACUGGUUUGCCUGAAAGUGGUUUGAUUCAUUUCUGAUAGGUUGAUCCAAGUGUAUAUUCAUGUAACAUGUUGUAGCAAGUCCUGAUCCCAUGCCCUGCCAGCAGCUAGGGAGGGAAGCCCAAGUGUCUCUCUGGGUAUGUCUACACUGCACUCUGAGGUGUGAUUGCAGCUCAGGCUGACAUACCUGCGCUAAC